AUGGCAUCUCUCGCCCUGCCCAUCUCACGUAGGGCCUUAUUUUCUCCCUCUUCAAUCGCCUUCUGCUCCCUUUCAACCCGCCAAUUCCAUCACAGGACUCAAGUUCGCCUUCCGCAACACCGCCGAGACCAGCCAACACAACCCGUCUAUCAACCAUUACGUUGCUAUCACUCCACCCUCCACCCCCGGCCCCCAACACACGCAUACACCAAUAGUCAAACGGCAAUCCUAACCGCUGCUCUGCCAUAUCUCCCAACUCUCGGCUUCUCCCGGGCCGCCCUCGCUGCCGGCGCUCGCGAUGCAGGCUUCCUCGAUGUCUCUGUCCACCUCCUUCCCCGCGGCGAAUUCGACCUCGUCCUGUUCUGGCUCGCCAGUCGCCGUGGUUUACUUCGUGGUCAAGUUGAGGAGGGUGCGCUGCUACAGCGCGUUGCGGCCGAGCGCGGUCUCGACGCCGCUAGCCUAAGUGUCGAUGACAAGGUACGCAUUUUGGUUAUGCAGCGGUUACGGAUGAACGCGAAUAUCAAACACGUGUGGCAAGAUGCGCUUGCACAGCUUUCUCUUCUUGGCAAUAUCCCUCUCGCGCUCUCGGAGCUGCAUGCCCUUGCGAAUGAUAUUAUAACGCUGGCGGGUGACCCUGCGGUUGAUGCAUCAUGGUACUCGCGCCGGCUGGCGGUCUCAGCCAUCUAUGCCAGUGCGGAGGUCGUCAUGACGCGGGACCCGAGCGCGGACCUGGCGGAGACGGAGACAUUCGUGGCGCGGCGGUUUGAGGACAAAGAGGUUGUCAAGGCCAAGGUGCAGGGUGUGAGUGAGUGGAUUGGGUUCCUGGGUGGCACAGCUGUUGGAGCUGGACGAAGUUGGGGAUUGAAAAUCUAA